AUGGUCACACUCACAGCCUUCAACGUCCAAAGAAUUCUGGGCGUUUACCCCGAGCGCUUGCCCGAUGUUCUUCCGAAGGUCUUCGAGCAGCUGCAGGAUGAAAAUCUAGAGGAAAUGGCGUUGCAUAACUACGUCGUAGCGAUUAAAGACAGGUUCGCCAAUGACUCGCGGCCAAUGGGCCAUAUGGGUUUUGAUUCGUUUGGGGAAGCUGCGUUCGAGAGUGGCAUUGUACCCGCCAUGUUAAAGGUCACUCAAGAUCCACGGACAGAUCCAGGCCAUGGCCUGGCAUCAUACUCUGCAUUGGAUUCAAUGAUCCAUCUAAUGAGGACGGGUACUGCAGAUGAGCGACGCGCCUUGCUGAAGGAGUUGCUCGCCAAUGACGUUGUCGAAAUAUGUAUCUCCAAAAUCGACCACCCUCUCGCGAUUCAUCGACAGUUGGCCACCAACACAAUCCGUAACCUCGCCUCUGAGAGUUUCCUGGGCGAGUACCUCACCAGCAAACAGACGUCUGACAUCAUGGUCAAAAUGUGUGAAUUCCUCCUGGAAGGCCCCGACUUUUAUGUGAAGCAGAUGAAGCAUCGAGAAACGACCUGGCAGAGCUGCUUGUGUUUCGGAAAUCAUGACACCUCACCCACCAAAGCGGCCCAAUAUGCACCCCGUUACUACGCGAUGGCCCAAGAAAACGCUGCCUGGGCGAUCCACGGGCUCCUCUGCCGCGCUCCCCCGCCAAGCAUGCAAUACCGCUACGAAAUUCUCACCCAUAAUCCCGAGCUGCUUCCCCUACUCUUCCAGUGUGCUUUAGUGGCACGACAUCCAUGGUAUCCAGAAUCUCAAGUCGAUGGUAUCAUUUGUGAAGUGAUCACCCUCCUUUUCUACGUCUCGCCACAUUCAGUGCCAGGGGUAAUCGACGCCGUCGAUGGUGUAGUGAAGGAGAUGGCAGAUGAGGAUCGAAAGGUUAUGAUUGAUAUCUUCAAGCUUCUCACUGCUCGUCCUCAGUGGCCAGAGAUGCUCAUCGCCAUCUGGAACAACAUUGAUGAUGAGAGAUGGCAGGAUCUCAAAACAAUGUCCCGAGACAGGGUAAGGCUUCAUCACGCUCAGAUGCCUCUAGGCAACGAAGAAUUCCUGGCAAUCUUCGAAUAUCGGGGAGGAUGUCGUAUAUGUGUAGAACGUCUCAUAGCCACUCUAACCCACAUCGCGGACGAAUGUCAAGUCUCAGACGCAGACCUCGUAUUCCUCCUUCGCAUCGGCAACGCAGCUUCUCAACCCGUCAAAACAAUGCAACAAAUCUUUUCCGACACUGACUCUUACGUCUGGGUCGAACGUUCCUUCCAGAUCUUUCGAUCCCCAAUGUACACCGUCUACACGGAGGACAAAGUCGACCCACCUCUCCAAAUAGUCGAAGAACCCAUGAUGGGGCCAACAGCUUUCGUACGCCUGCUUACCAUGCUCGCCACCCGCGAUCUUCUUGAGAAGAUUCCGAAAUGGAAGAAACUCCCAGCAGGAAUAUCAGGCACGACCACGUUAGCGCAGGUGAAGCAGAUGACAGGGCCCGAACGGAUCCGAACCCUCCUCCCCCUCGCUCUUCGUCGUGUAACGGGACACAGAGAGUUAGGACACAAGCGGAUAAAACGCGACAACGAAAUGGACUUUGCAGGGUUCGCCUAUUCAUGCGCAGCAGAGCUAGCAGCGGCUUUGGUUGCGUUUGAUGAAGCGACAGACGGCAAGUACCGAGACCUGUUACAUGGCGCAAGGAAGGAGCUAGUGCUUUGCCUUGGGAACGCGGCGGAGAUGGCUAUUGGGAUCAAGCACUUCAAGAGGGCGCUUAGCUUUGCGACUGGAGCUGUGGAGGCGGCGAAGAACCUCCCUGCUCGUGAUCAGGUUGAAGAGACAGUUAUCGCUAAGAACCUCAGGAGGGUGGAUCGAGCGCGGGCUGGUCUGGGGCAACUCGUGCCAACAUCGCGAUGA